AUGAACGUGCACGAAGUAGAGGCAUUCGGAAAAGAAAUGUUACGAGCCUUCCAUGUUGAGCUUUUUGUCCAUGGUAAUGCGACCGAACAGGAGGCAUUGACGCUUGGUCAUGCAGUAACAAAGACGUUGCGUGAGGCAUCCAAAAGUCGCCCGUUGUUCAGAAAUGAGUAUACGCCGAUGAGGGAACAUGCUCUAGAAAAUGGAGAUGCAUAUGUGUAUCGACAUUUCCAGAAUACUCACGAGGUAUCGUGUGUUGAAGUUUUGUUUCAAGCAGGAGUUCAGGCUACCCGAGAAAAUGCCCUAGUUGAGUUACUGGUGCAACUUUUGCGUGAACCCGCCUUCAACCAGCUGAGAACUGUCGAGCAAUUAGGGUAUGUCGUUUGGACUGGCUCACGGUUGAAUGCUGGAACUCUCGGGCUGCAGUUCAUUGUGCAAGGUCCUAAAAACCCUGAUCAUGUGCUUGAUCGAAUAGAAGCAUUCAUCGAGAAGAUACGAGUCAGUUUGACUUCAGAUUUGACUACAGAGGAAAUUGCGAAAAUGCCACAAGACGAAUUUGACAAGCAGAAAACCGGUCUUAUUACCCGAUUGCUCGAGAAACCGAAAACUCUGGGAGCACGAUCGAGACGCUUUUGGAAUGAGAUAGAUUGCAGGCAGUAUGAUUUCGACAGGAAUAAUUCCGAAGUGGAAGUCUUGAAAACGGUCACCAAAGAAGAUCUCCUCUCUUAUUUCGAUCUCAAAUUCACCAGAAAUGCUCCUGAGCGGCGUAAGAUUGCUGUAUUCGUGCACGGUAAAGGCGAGCAGAGGGACGGAAUGGUGGAGAAAUCGAGAGCGAAGAGGGAAAUUGCUGGCAAGGAUAAAUUGGAAGAAGUCGAAUGUAUGGAACAGUUCCGAGAGUCAUUAUCGCUUUAUGGUCGCCCACGGCCCAAGAUGAAUCUGCCGCCGAUUGGUGCUGAGCCGUUGUCGUCUUUAGCAGCUGGAGAUGCGAAGGCGAAGUACUGA